AUGUCAGGUACCACCUCUUCAGAGUCGGCCUUCAAAGCGAAAGUGAGCGUGGGCGGGGUGAAUGUCAUCCAGCAUACCACCACAGACGGGAAGGACACACUACCACAAGACUACUUCGUCGUCUCGGAGCAGGAGUGGAUAUGGGGAACGCAAGUCGGGAAGGAUACCGCACGCCAGUUCCGCGUGUUUGGUCGUCAUAGAGAGAGGCUCUCCCUCCGAUCACAACUCCGGAAGAACAACCUUGUCAAAGAAGUCGAGAUCCAGAUCACUUCACGACGUCAAACACCACCAACCUGUGAGGCGGAUACAACUUCGGAGUCUUCAACACUGGCUGGCUCUUCAGAUGAACCAUCAGAUCCGCAGCAAUUUUUUGUUCCCUUCGCAUCCAGCUCCAGUUCCAAUCAGCGGCCCCCAACCGAGAAAGCAUCACCACAUGAAAUGGUCAUCGGCACCGGCGGUCUGAUCCGCCAAGUCAUCGCGAAGGAUAAGCACCCAGAAGACUGGACCGAUGACACCAUAACCCUCAAGUUCAAAAUCCUCAACCCCCAGAAACCCAAGCACUUCCAAAAGGUGACGGGACUCCGGCUCGGCAACCCGGGAGGGAACUGGAAUGAGAAACCGAACCCUGCAAAAAAGUUUUUCAGGCGACGAGCGCCUGUGGUUGAGGAUACGGAGGGGAUGAGGGAGGAUAUUAGAAGUCCGGAGGAGAUUGAAGCGGACGAGGAUGUGGAUAUGGAUUCUGAUCUAGACUCGGGUGUGGCCAUGGGGAGGGCGAGCGAGAUGGAAGAAGAAGACGAGGAAGUAUCCCCAGAAGAAAGGAAUCGGUUUGCAGCGCUUAUGGGUGAGGCUAGGAGUCAACCGCGAGAGCUAGAGACCACGAAUGGGAAUCGGAAAGAGAAGAAGAAGAAAAACAACGAGGGGAAGAGGGAGAAGAAAGAUGGGGAACGACGGCCGGGUGUGAUGCAUAUAAUGGUUCUGAACCAGCGGGCUGGGCCGGUAAAUAAUGCACAUGGGAGGAGAAGCACAUGGCGAAAGUUUCUUGAGGCGAUGAGGAGGGUUUUGACUCCGGGACAGUGGGUGGCUUAG